UUUCCAUGCUUGCACCACUCACAAUCAGGUGGCUGUGCAGUGAGGCAGCUGGUGUAGCUGAGAUCUCAAACCUGCGCUGGGAACAUAGGCAAACAUGGCCCUGCAAUGGAUGUUUCUCCUGCUCCUCACACCUCUGCUGGCAGCACUAAAUCAUGGAAAAUGUAAACUUCCCUUUCACUGGGACCGCAAGCUGAGGUUUAACCCAAGAAAGGGCGAUGGCUAUGCCUUGGAUGAAGUGGUGCAGCUCAGCUGUGCUGGGAAGCCUUUUUGGAAGUUUGCGCCAUCUGUGCCACAGAUCCAAUGCGUUUCCAGAGGGGCCGAGAUCCUGUGGAAUGAGACUGCCAGCUGCAAAGAGAGAUGCCAGCAGCCCCAGUGGGACUCACAGCUCCAGUUUAGCCCAAACCAGAGAUUUUACUGGGUCAAGGAAAAGGUGACAUUGAGCUGCUUUAUGAAUGACACUUCUCCCCUUGCUGUGAUCAGAUGUGAAAGCUGGAAGGAUGCUUGGGAUGUGUUGGGCACUCGGGGAACAUGGCACAGGUUGGCAGAGAACCUGACCUGCACAAUGGCAAAAUGCCCAAAACCUCAGUGGGAUUCAAGACUUCAGUUUUCAGAGAACGAAACUGAAUACUUACAGAAUGCAGAACUGACACUGACCUGCCCCAAAGAUCUUGAGCCAUCCUUCCCUAAGGUCAAAUGUACAAAGGAAUUCCAGCGAAUGAACUCUGGAAAAACGGUCUAUGUAGGUGCCUGGUGGGGCAGGAACAGCACAGGUGCCUGGACACUCAUUGAGAGGGAUGUCCUGUGUAUGGCUCUCCCAAAAAGGUGCCAAAGGCCCCCACAGGACUCCAUACUCCAACUGGCACCAGACCAGGUGAAUUAUGAAGUGGAUGAUGAAGUGAUGCUGAGCUGCCCUGAAGGUUUCCAGCCAUCCUUCACUGAAAUCAAAUGUCAGAGUGAAUUCCAGUACUAUGAUCAUGUGACACCUGUGUACAAAAGAUUUUGGCAUGGAAGAGACUCCAGAGGUGCCUGGGUCCCCAUUCAGUCCAGUCUGAAAUGUAUGAAAGUCCUCCAGGUUGACCCUGAGACCUUUGAGAUUUCCAGCACCAGCAUCAAACUGAACUGGACCUGCAGGUUCCCUGAUGCCUGCCAGGGCAUGAGGGCCAUGUGCCGGCUGGCAGCGCCUUCCUCCCCUCCCUGUGAGGCUGAGGAGGUGAAGGGAGAGCAGAUGUUACAUGGCCAGAAGGGAACAUUCACCUGCUCCCCUCUGCAGCCCUUCACUGAGUACAGUGUCACCAUCGACUUGCCCCCCAACACAACCCUUUUCUCAUGGUUGUUCACGACAGAGGAAACAGUGCCGGACAAACCGCAGCAGCUGUGGCUGGAUGCCGACAGGGGCUCUCUCCGCUGGAACUCGCUGCCCUCCUGCAACGGGGAGAUCAUCGGAUACCAGGUACCGAGGGACCAGGGCAGAGCCUCGGCUCCCGGCCUGGAGCUCUGUGCAGGCAGAAUGGGAAGUGUGAGCGAGGGACAGCUGGCAUGAGCCACAGCUCCCAGACAGUAAAUCUCUGGCCUUGAUGAGCACCAGCGUUUUCUGUUUCAUUCUCAACAUUCCUCAUGCUCUGGAGAUGCCCAGAGAGCUCUGAGAGCUCCAUGUUCUCGGGGCUUCC